AGACCUAACCAAUUUCGAACACCCCACACUGUGCGACCUAUCAUUUAACUUUUACAACAUUGACGAUCUCAACUUUGAUCCAGUGCCCUUCCUACAAGCGACGCCCAAGCUAAAGUGCUUGUGCUUAAGCACUGAUGGUUUGUUUUCGUACAAUGGCGGCAAUGGUCUAUCGUUUCACAAACACUACGACAAUACUCGCCAAAUCUUAAAUCUCUAGCUCUCCACAACGGCUCCAACGCUUUUUGCAUGGAUAUGGCAUCCUCAUCCUCUACAGACGAUGACCGUUAUUGUAUGACAACGCCCAUAGCAACGGAAACAACAGCGAUGACGACGACGACAAGAGCGAGAGAUGUUCAGCAACUGCGCAUCUACUACAGCAUCGAUGGCGACAGAAGCAGGCUUCAAGAUAUCUCACUGGAAUUGGCGAGAGAUUUGAGCGAACAGCUGCUGUCGCUUGUUAUUCAAGGAUACGUACCCCACAGCAGGGACAUCCUAACGACACUUACUUUUUCUUCCCUUAGGAAUUUCAAGUUGGACACUUAUAACGAGCGUGACACUAUUGCAUUGGACUUGCGGCCGUUCCUGUCGAAUGCAUCAACUCCAAACUUGACAAGUCUAUCUUUGUGCGAUGUGAACAACACGCACGACGCUUUGGUAUCUUCAAUCACCCCCAAAGCACGCUUGCAAUCAUUGGUGCUGAACGGAUGUCUUAUGACUGAGGCUUCCUUAUUAACGUUGCUGGAAACAUUAUCGAAACCAGUAAUUGAUGUCCAGCAGCAGCAGCGACAGGAACUAAAAAAGCUCACAUUGAUAUUGAUACCACACGUAAUAACAUCAGCCGUACUGAACGUCAUAGCGCAGAACAUGUAUGCGUUAGAAGAGCUAAGGCUUCAGCUGGAUCACCAAAUCUUGCCCACGUCAAAAUUGGAACGGUUCCUCGACACACGAAUGCAGAUAACGACAAACAAGCUCUUAAAAUUAUGCAUUAGCCAAAGCUUCGAUUUUCAAGGAAAUGGUUGCCAUGAUCAUUCUACUGUUGACAAUCUUCUCAAGAAAAUCGGUCAAAACGCGAAACAUUGGGUCUACGCUGAACAGCGAGAGCAGCCUCGUUACUACUACAAUGAUAUUAAAAUGAAGAAAGAACUAUCAGGAUGAGCAGGACGGUAGCAAAAGUCAACUACGACAGUACCAAAACUCAUGGCAUAUUCUGUGCACAAAGUUAAGAGUUUCCUUGAAUGAGAUAGAAAGAUCUUAAUGAGAAUCAAGCCGUG